GAUUCUUUCCGUCUAAAAUUGUGAACUGUAGGUAACUAGAGCUGAUUCGCCACUCGACAUCCCUCGACAUUUUUGGCGGGAAAUGAAUGCAGCUGCUUGGGCUACCUGAGCACAUUAUUCCUUGCGUCCUCAGUCUGCUGUGAAAACUCUUCGAAGGAUGCCGCAUUUGCAGAACGUCGAGCGGGACUUGCCCCUGCACUGGGCCCUAAAUCCUAUUCGCAUACCCCAAAACCUCUCCAUAAAUACAAUUUCUCUGUAUCGAAAGAUUUCGCGGAAUAUGUGGCGCUGCUGCACUCAACUUUGCAAUAGUCCCAAGUUUCAGCGUUAUGUGCGAUUCCUCGAGUCCAGUCUCUGCCAGUUCUAAAGAGCAAUGAUCUAACAAAUUACGCAGCCGCCUUGUCUUUAAAGCGAAUUUCUUCAGAUUUGCAAUCUUAACACGUAGACGAUGCCAAAAUGUGUUAGUUGAAUUCA